GACACUCCCUCAGGCUGUAAAUUAUGGGCACAUGCCUACUGAAGUGUGAUUUAUUAUUUUUAUAAAAAAGCCCAACCCUUACAUCCCRUGUUUUGCUGGAAAGAGGCUUCUUUGUGCACCAAGACUUUAAAUUGUGAGCAUCCAUUUACUUACUGCUUUCACUUCUUUGGAUUGAGUUGUUCAAGGAUCUUGAUCAACUCUUCUCACCAUGAAGAGUUUUGCUCUAUUUUUCCUAGUUUUGAUCUGUGGCAUGGGAGGAUUGGGACAGAAACUGAAGCCAAAGAAAAGAAGCAAUGGUGAAGAAAUCAAAUUUCGGACUAAAGCCAAAGAUGUUUGCAUUAUGAGGAGGAGUGGGGAUGACGAGGAGAUGAAACUUAGAAUUGACUGCAAAAGCCAAGGCAUGUCCUACUGGUGUGAAUUCACUGGCAAGCCAUCAGUGUGUCGUGCUUUCAGAAAUAAUCCAAAGAUUUACUGGAAUCAGAUUGCCAUGGAACUCAGAAAGAUCCCACAUGCUUGUGAAUCCACAGAMGUGUUGAAGAUCACCAUGUGCCAGAGGGCUCAUCCAGAGGCUCUCAUGAAGCAAAUAGCUGCUGGUGUGGAGCCAGAAGAUGUGGCAAACCAGGAAGAAUCGGUCCAGAAAGGUUUCAUUCCUAUGAGAGAAGCAGAGCAAAACUCUGACCCGAUGCAGCAUGGUCAAGGGUCUGAAAAUGAAACAGAAGCGAUGAAACUGGCACGGGAACAUUGCUGGGAAUCCCUGCAUGGUGUCUGCUCCUACAUCAUUGGCAUCUUUAGGGGUUAAGGAUUUGCUUCAGAGCAAMGUUACUACAGCUGAAGAAGUGUUCUUGCUGCAGUUUAAUAAUUUAGACAUAAGAAUUUUGGUUUAAAAAUGAGUAAUUUCUAUAAGUCUUGUAGCUGUUUUCUCUUUAAAUAAAAAAAACCAAAACUUUUUAACAUCUCUGAAAAAUGCAUGAAACUGAAGGGGCUAUGCUUAAAAUGUGAGGAUGAACUAACUCUCUGGGCUUGUUACACACCAAGGUGUACUGCAUUUAUAUAAUCAAGGAUCUGCUUGACCAUGCAUAGGUUUUUGUGUAUACUGACAUGUUUCAGUUUGUUGAAAGCUUUUAAUGAUGAUACAUUUAAUGAAAACAAU